GCGCAACGGAGGGCUGCCCUCGCGCGCAAGUCGGUCGGAGAAGCGCGUAUAGCUCGGCAGAUUCGCGUUUCCCCCGCCGCGCAGCCGUCCAGCCGUCGGCAGUCUAAAAAAUAGCUCUGGGAACCGGGCAGCCCAAAACCGGAUAGCGCACUCGUGACACCUGCAGCAGCCCCAGGCAGGCCAAAGACAACCAUGGCAGCCCCGAUCGGCGGCCUCUCCAACGCCAAGUGGCGCGACGACAAGGCCAUUAUCGAAAUCAACGCGGAGCAAGCUGAUAAGAGGUUGGCCAACGUGCUGGCGGAGCAGGAGAAGAAGAAUAAACAGUCCAAUGACCCGUUAGCUUACGUGCACUCGGGCGUCGAGAAUCGCAUGGAGCUCUGGGAUCGUAGGAAUUUGGGGAAGUUAUUUAGGAAAGCUCGAGGCACGUACCAAACCACCCCAGUUCAUAUGGGGAGGAUACCGGAUAGAAGCCCGAUGCAUAGUGGGGCGGUUCCACCAAAACACACGAAGGAGGAAUAUGAGAGGGCCCACAACUUCUACCAGGACCACUACGACACUUUGCAACACAAGGAACUCGCGAAGAGAUUACUCGUCGAGGACGAGAAGCCCGCCUGGCAAUCUAGACUAGAAAAGUCGUUGAUGAGCCCCACCAAGAUGUCCACCAAAGUGGAUACGUUGGAGAAGAGUGUGGAAACGAGGUUCACGCAGGAUUCGGUGGAAAUACAACUGAGACGGGCGGAGAAGUGGGUCGCGCGGCCGCUCGGGCCGCGGCCGGACUGCCCCUGGAGGAUCGUGGCUUGUGUCGCGGAUGUAGGGAUGGGUUUUUCCGGAGCAGCGAAUUUGGCGGGCGCGUUGGAUGAUCUAGCUGAAGUGUCAGCAUUGUGCGUGCCUGGUCGGUUGCAUCGGGGCGACGAAGAUGUCGGAGACGGGCCCGAGCCGGAAUACGAGAAAAAGGAAGAUGAAGACCCGCUGCAACGGUUCUCGGUCGUCACGAACGAACCCAAACCAGAACAGAGUGAAUUACGAAAGUGGGCGCGCGACGCGCACGACGCGUUACAUGCUCUAGGUUUCUUCGAUGAUGAAAGGCCGUGGAUGCUCUAUGGCCACGGCGUCGGCGCGGUGCUGGCCUACGAGCUCGUGCGGCGGAUCAUCGCCGUCGACGAGGACCCGCGCUCGCCACUCUUACCCAGACGGCUCGUCGUGUCGGGCUGCCCGCCUCCAGCUUUGUUCGGGGGCCCGCCGGGCCCGCCGCCCGCCGACCACCCUUCUCAAGAGUCGAAUGCGCCUCCACCGUUACCGCUCGGCAAGCGCGACGACAUCGCCCUCCUCUUCUACGCUUGUAGACUGCGAGCGGGCCGCGACCCGAACGAACAACCGCCUUUAUCAGAUGACGACCGGGACGAGGAACCCCCUCCGGAGCAUCUCGAGCAGUGGCAGGCCGUCCAGUGGCCCGAAGUUCAAAGAUUAAGAAGACGCCGCGCCUUGAACCAGUACCGUUUGCAAGAUCUGCCCGGGCCUUUGAAAGAGAGCGCGGCACUACGAAGGGUCGCGGCGAAGGGCGUGAGGCGGGACUACCGCUUGCUCGAGUCUCAUGUACAUGAUGCCGACUGGCCGCUCAAAAUACCCAUCACGGCGCUGGCCGGCGAGCACGACCUGAGCGUCUCUGAUGAAAAUUUACGAGAGUGGGAGACGGAAACGGCCCGCGAUUUUCAGUAUAGACGGGUCCUCGGCGGUUCUUCGUAUCCGCGCGAGCCGGCAGGCGUCUCGUCCCUCGCCGACUUGCUGCGGGGCGCCUGCGAGGAGUUCCGCGAGGAGGCGGAGUCGUCCGACGACGAGGGCCGGCGGAAGGUCGUGCCGGAGCCGGGGCCCUGGUCCCUCGCGGAUUAUUAUCCGGAGAGCGAGGCGUCGGAAGAGGAGACAGUCGAGGCGAAGGAGGGCUUCGAGGCCAUGUUGGCCGCGUCCGAGAAGGCGCGCAAGCAGUUGCAAUUGAGAUAA